AUGGUAUAUGCUACUUUAUUAAGCGAAGAAGAUCUCAGUAGGUUUAGAACAAAACAAUGUAAGCGAUUACUAAAUGGGGGAUGUAAUUUUGGAUUGGAUAGAUGCCAAUAUAGUCAUAAUGAAUUUUGGAAUAGAAGAUGUCCAUUUUAUUUAAGUGAUUCAUCAUUUAUUCGUUAUAUAACAGUUAUGUGCCCAAAUAUUGAAACUAAAAGUGAUGGAUCUAUAAAUAGUGUAUGUUUAAGAGGAGGAGAAUGUCCUUUUGCUCAUUCAACAGAAGAAAUAUUAUAUCAUCCAUUAUUUUAUAAAACAAAAAGAUGUGAAGAUUACAAAAAAGGGUCAUGUAACACUUACUAUUGCCCCUAUGUUCAUGGAUUAGCUGAAACAAGAGUCCCAGGAACUUACAAAUUGCCAUUCACAAAUGGUAUUGAUAUACCUAAUAUUCCAAAUAUAAUAAUUGUAGAUAAAAUUGAUAUAAGUAAUAAAAAUAAUAAUAAUUUGGGACAUAAUAACAAAUAUGGAAAACACACCCAUACUGCUAACAAAGCAGAUUCGCAUUUUGAUACUCGAAGUAAAAAUAAUAAUGGACCAAAAGGAUAUGCAAAUGAUUCAUAUUAUCAAAAAAAGUUGGAUUGUGAAUCAACUAGUGCUUUUUCAACUAUUGAUAGUAUUUUUGACAAAAAUGAAGUUUUUAAAAAUACUUGUGAUAAAAUAGAAAUGGGUGAGAUGAAUGAAAAUAAUUUAGUAAAAUGUUCUAAAGAUGAUAUAAAUUUUAGUAUGUAUCUAGAAAAAAAUAAUUUUGAAAAAACAAAUGGGUCUAUUAAUGGAAAUGACAAUUAUGGUACCACAACUUCUAAUGAAGCAUGCCCUACUAAUUGUUGCAAAAAUAGCAAUUCAGAAAUGAAUAUAAAAUUUUCAAAUUACAAUAUUAAAGACAACAAUAUGCAUUGGUAUAAAAAUAAUAAUAAAUAUUCAAGUAUAAACUCAGAUAAUUUAAACGAAUUUCUUCCUGGAAAAAAUUCAUAUACUCAUGGGUCCCAAAACUAUCUUUCUUAUUCUGCUAUGAACGUUAAUGAUAGUUUUAACACACAUAAUAAUAAUGGCAAUUUUCAUGAAAAAUUAAAUAGCGAUGAUAGAAGUAUUUCCUCAAAAUAUACUCAAAAUGCUCAUAAAAUGAAUAAUAAUUAUAAUAUGGAAAAACAUAAACAAAAUUGUUCUAUUUGUAGUACUACUACUCAUGAAAUUUAUUUUAAUGAGCACGAGGGAACCAGUAAUGAACUUAUUGAUGGCGAUGAGGAAUAUAUGGAAAAUGACGACAAUUUAAAUGAAUUUAUUUUUAAAAAUAAAAAUAUGGAUAAAUUAUUAAACAGUGGAAGAAAUAGUAGUUCAGGAAUCGAUAGAAGAGAUGCCAAUAUCAGCUGUAAUACCUUUGAAUCGAUUAAAGGGGGUAAUAUUGAUAAUAGUGAUAAUUGUGGGGAAAAUACUGAAUUGAGUUUAUUAGAAGUUAUUAAAUAUUUGAAAAUAUUAUAUGAAAAAAUUUCAAAAGGAAAUGUUGCAUUUACACAUGAGCAAUGGGGAAGUGUUGCACAAAUAACUUAUGAUAUAAUUGGUAUAAUUGAAUUUAAUAAAGCUAUGAAAGUUAAGAAUUUACAAAAUGAUUUAAAGACAACCACAUAUAAUGAUAUAAAUAAAACACAUAUAUUUGAAACAUCUAAAAAUUUUAUCAUCAAUAAAAAUACUAAUAUAAAGGGGGACCAAAUUGAAGAACAUCAAUAUACUGGUGCUAAAAAUAUCCAAAUAAACGAAAACGAAAAAAACAGAAUUGCAAAAUUAGGAAUAAAUGGACGAGCAAUAAUAGAAGAUAGUGAACAGAAUGUGUCUUUGGAAAAUGAGAUAAAUAAUGUAGCACCAAGUGAUUCGAUGAUGAGUACUGUCACUAUGAAUAUGCUAAAUUUUUCUGUAGAUAAUUCCGAUGGAAUUGAUAAUAAAAAUAAGAUUGGUCAUCAAUACAAGGAUACCAAAACAAAGCAAGACAAUUUUAAUGACAAUCUAAAUUUAGAUUUACUAAAUGCUAGAGACCACGUUCAAACAAAUUUCUCAGAUUUAAAUAACGAUCAAAAUGGUUUAAAAGAUGCCCAUUUUUUGGACUAUUACAAUUUUAAUCCAAAUGCUAUAAAUUUUGGAGAUGAAAAAGAUAUUUCAGAAAAAAUAUCUCCACAACAACCCCUUGUUUCCUUCUUCGCAUUUUUAUCAGAGUAA